AUGAACGAAAUCUUCAAGGCACCUCCCGAGCCCGCCACCCCUCUGGGUCGCUACCGUGUCCUCUCUUCCACGGCCGGUAUUCGGGUCUCGCCGCUCCAGCUGGGCGGCAUGUCCAUUGGCGACGCCUGGAAUCAAUUCAUGGGGAGCAUGAGCAAGGAGCAAUCCUUCAAGCUCCUCGAUGCUUUCUUUGAGGCCGGGGGUAACUUCAUCGAUACCGCCAACAACUACCAAAACGAGCAGUCCGAGGCCUGGAUCGGCGAAUGGAUGACCGCUCGCAAGAACCGUGAUCAGAUUGUUCUCGCCACCAAGUUCACUACGGACUACCGCACCUGGGAGCUCGGCAAGGGCAAGGCUCCCAACGUGUUGGGCAACCACAAGCGAAGCAUGUUCAACAGCGUGCGCGAUUCCCUGCGCAAACUGCAAACCGACUACAUCGAUGUGCUGUAUCUGCACUGGUGGGAUCAUACGACCUCGAUCGAAGAGGUAAUGGACUCCCUGCAUAUUCUCGUCGAGCAAGGCAAGGUCAUGUACCUGGGUAUCUCAGACAGUCCCGCCUGGGUCGUCUCGGCGGCCAACACGUAUGCUCGCGCACAUGGCAAGACGCCCUUCUCGGUCUACCAGGGCCGAUGGAAUGUGAUGCGUCGUGACUUUGAGCGCGAGAUCCUCCCUAUGGCCCGACACUUUGGCAUGGCCCUGGCCCCCUGGGAUGUCCUGGGCGGCGGUCACUUCCAAACAGCGAAGCAGCUGGAGGCCCGAAAAGCCAACAGCGAGGGCUUGCGCAAUAUCAUGGGCGCGGAUCAGACCGACGAGGAGCGUCGGAUUUCCGAGGCUCUCGCCAAGGUUGCGGCCGAGCACAACAUCGAGUCGGUUACCGCCGUGGCUCUGGCCUACGUCUUGUGCAAAUGCCCCAAUGUCUUCCCCAUCGUCGGUGGGCGCAAGGUGGAACAUCUCCACGACAACAUCCAAGCUCUAUCGAUCCGUUUGACGGAGCAGCAAAUCCAAUUCCUCGAGUCCGCAAACGAAUUCGACGUCGGCUUCCCGUCCAAUUUCAUCGGGCCCGACCCCGCUACUACGGUGGGUAAGCUCUUCGGCAUCGCGGGCACUGCCGGGCAUGUGGACUUGGUCAAGGCGCCCAUGGCGAUUGGAUACGAACCUGGUAAUUGA